AUGUCGGAACAAUUCUUAAAUACUUCCAAACCAUCUUCAACCACCCCCAUUCCCAAUCCGUCCGAUGUCGACAGAGGGCCACCAGUAAGGAACCUCGAGCUCUCCAUCGAGCCAGGGUCAGUAUACCUGGUCUUGUUCAACAUGGGCAGCAUCAAAAACUUUCACUGGUCACUUGUCGUUGCAACAACUGAGAGAACCGGUAUGAUGUACCACAAUACGAAUACUAGUGGGGCCUUUAAAUUUGAUCCUUAUCUUCAUCCGCACCUUUUAAACUCGGUCACUUUUUUGCUGGCACUGAAAUUUGCGGAAAUUACCUCAUACGACCGAGAAUUCCACCAGUACUUCGCGAAUACUCUUAGCAAAAUUUCCACUGAAAAUCGUACAUGUCGACCAUGGGCGUUGGAGGCAAUUUAUGAGACCGCAGACUUAGGGCUCAUCAAGUUCGCCCCCAGCCGGUCAGAAACCAGCCUACUUGCAACGGAAGCCGUACUUUUGGUGGAUGCCGAUGAAUCAAAAACGCCCAAAGUCUUAGUUAGCAAAUAUUUCGCCAAAUGA